AGGAGUGUAGCCUACAGCUGAUAUACACGAUUCUCGUCUGGGCAAUUAUUCCUUUUCCAUUAUGGAUCAUUUGACAGAGACUAACUUGACAGCAGAGACUCUGGAAUACCCAGUGUGCUCAGAAUGGAAGGAAAAUCCUGAAGGAUCAAUGUUUCAUCUGGCACAUAUACUGCUGGUUUUGGGAUGUAUGGGAGGCAGCGGCUUUUAUGGAUUACUCUACAUGUUCAGCUUUUUAACGCUCGGGUUUUUCUGCUAUUCGAUGUGGGCAUGGUCCGAUCCGUGCACGACGGACUCGUUUUCAUGGACUUUUGCGCUUUUCGCCUUCUGUCUGGCACAAGUUGUGCAUGUGUCGUACCGAUUGCGCCGCGUCACUUUUGAUAAGGAGUUCCAGGAUCUUUACGAUUAUAUGUUCAAAAAGCUUGGAGUAUCCUUAACACAUUUUGGAAAAAUCGUGGAGUGUUGUGAGGGCGAUGUCUAUACUAUAGAUAAAGACCACUGCUUCGCCGUGGAGGGUAAAACCUCCAUCGACAAACUGUCCGUUCUUAUCUCAGGCAGGAUACGAGUGACGGUGAACGGGGAGUUUUUGCACUGCAUCUAUCCAUUUCAGUUCCUGGACUCUCCAGAGUGGGAUUCCCUCAGACCUUCAGAAGAAGGGUUUUUUCAGGUUACGUUACGCGCAGAUAACCGGUGCAGGUACGUGGCGUGGAGACGUAAGAAACUCUAUCUGCUGUUCGCGCAGCACCGCUACAUCGCAAAGAUCUUCGCGCUGCUGGUGCGCAAUGACAUCGCGGAGAAACUCUUCUCUCUCAACGACAAGGCUUUCGACAUCCGCGGGUUCCGCUAUGAUCUCCGGUUACCAAGCUUCUGUCACGGACCAGAGCCAGAAAUAGAAAACACAAGUGAAUCCCGGCCAGUGCUGGGACCAAGUAAAACCAAAACGGCAGAAAGAGACUCGUGAGAAACGCACGAUCCAAUUUUCUGUAGUCUUC